CUUGGAUAGCACAACUUUGCUCCUGGCAUAUUUUAAAACAAAACUCAACAGUAUGGAGAGGAUGAUUAUUUUCUGUAUGCUUUUCUUCUGCUCUAGUACGGCACUGACUGCAGCUCCACACAAAAUAGCAAAAUACAAACAACUUUUAAAGACAAUUGAUCGGUUAGAACCCAUAGUGAAAGAUAAGGAUGUCGAAUUGCUGCAUACACCAGAAAACCCUGUGGACGAAUGCCUGUUCACUGCUGUGACCUGCUUCCAGAAGGGCACACUGAAAUUACAACCAGAAAGCAGCCAAGUAAAUUCUACAUUCACCCAAACCAUUAAAGCCUUGAAGAGAUUCACCUUCAACAACUCUGGAAAGCAGUGUGAGUCUUCAUGUGAAUCGUAUGAGAAAAAAACCCCUCGAGAGUUUUUGAAGAGCUUUGCAAAAUUAAUCCAAAAGGUAAUCAGAGUUGAUUCCUCUUGGGUGCUUUCUGACAUUUUGCAAACAAUUACAGAUAUCAUUAUUUGAUACUCUUUCUAACAAUGUAUUGUUUUCACAGUUAUUCAAGGACUAAUAGAGGACACACCAGAGCUGACGGCUAUGGAAAAUCUACUAUUUAAAGCAGACACUAUGUUAUUUAAGAGAACAUAAAAAAUGUAAAUAUUUUGCAUUGCUACUAUGCUGUGUGUGUGGUAAGUGAAAUCUUCUCCCAAAAUAUUGAGUCCUAUUUGGAUGGCUAUUCAUAAGGUGAAUGCUGUUUUGAAAGUGACCCUAGACUCAACUCACUGUGAAAACUGAAUUGUAAUUUCAUAAAAACAUGUUCUUUUAAGGGACUUAACUAUCACCUUCUGCUGAACUGGAAAUCCAUGAGGUGGCUACUCUUGGUUUUUUUUUUGCUUUGAUCUUAAGUGAAUCUCAUACAGAGAUGUCCGAGACUUUCUAAA